UCCUCUCUGUCAGGCAGCGCUUCCGUGUUUACACACCCACAAAAAACAGGACACUAUAAGCCGUCGGAUGAAUGUUUACCGAGUAAGCAUAGAGUGGUGGUGAGGCAAGUGACAGUCACACUGGAGGCUUGGUGUAUGGUGAAACACAGGUGAUUUCAGCUUCCACGGUUGCAUUUUACAGCGGAAUGUUCACUCGAAGGGGGCAUGGAGACGUCAAGAAAUCUACACAGAAAGUUCUGGACCCAAAGAAGGAUGUACUGACCCGACUCAAACACCUCCGGUCACUGUUAGAUAUCAUUGACAAGAGUGAACUGAAGGCAUUCUUCGAGAGCAACUGUUCUCAGAUUUAUUUUAUCUUCUAUGAAAAUUUCAUUACACUGGAAAGCAACUUAAAACAAAGAGGGAACAAAUCUCAAAGGGAGGAGCUGGACUCCAUCCUCUUUAUUUUUGAAAAAAUUCUACAAUUUCUGCCUGAGAAAAUCUACAACCGAUGGCAGUUCCACAGUAUAGGUUCUAUUCUAAAAAAGCUUCUACACACUGGAAAUUCAUUCAAGAUCCGCUGUGAGGGGAUCCGUCUCUUCCUGCUGUGGCUUCAGGCCCUGAGGGACAACUGUGCUGAGGAGCAGUUCCUUAUCUUUGCCUGUCUGGUACCAGGAUUCCCUGCUGUGCCCUCCAGCAGAGGCCCCUGCACCCUGGACACCAUCAUUUACAACCCCUUCUCCAACCCUCCUGAUGCAAAAGUGGUGCCUGAGGAGAUUACACCGCUGGUUCCAGCUGUAGCAGGAGAAAAAGUUGCAGAUGACCAGACCUGUCAUAUCCUCGAAACACUGCUGAAGUACAUUGUCAUCCAGGCAUCCAGUUUAGAAUGGAGGAACAAAGAGAACCAGGACACAGGCUUCAGGUUUCUUUUCAGCUUGUUCAAGAAGUACUACCUUCCCCACCUAUUCCCCUCCUUCACCAAGCUCACAAACCUCUACAAGCCUUUAUUAGACCUCCCCCACCACAGACCAAAACCCUUGUAUGUGCCAGUGACGCGGAACAAUGAGAGCACCUUCUGCACCAGGGACCAGUACCUGGCACCCCGUGUGGCCUUCAUCACCUGGCUGGUCACCUUCUUCCUGGAGAAGAAGUAUGUCAGCAGUGCUGCUGCGGCGCAGAGCGCCAAGAACGGCUCUGAGGUCAUUCCCAAGCUCAUCCAGACUGUCACUGCAGGCAGUAGCAGCCAGGAGAAGGAGAAGGAUAAGACAUCAGAUGGGGAUGCAAACGGGCUAACGGGGGAGCCUGAGAAGAACCACUCCAACAGCAGCACACUGUCAGAUCGACGACCCAGCGAUUCCAGUUUGUGUAGCAUUGAGGAGGAGCAUCGCUAUGUCUAUGACAUGGUGCACGCCAUCCUGCUUUCCACCAGGGAUAAUGUGAACUUUGUAAAUGAGGUCUUCCACCAGGCUUUUCUGCUGCCAUCCUGUGAGGCGUCAGCAACCAGGAAGGUUAUCAAAGUGUACAGGAAGUGGAUCCUGCAGGAGAAGCCCAACUUCAUGACAGAGCCUGACAAAACUGCUCAGGAAGAUGAAAUAGAUGACGGCUCGGAACAGAUACUUAGAACAGAGACAAACAGCAUGCACACACAGAUGUUAGAGAGUCAUGGUCACAAGCGCUCAUCCAGCUGGGGGAGGACCUACUCAUUCAGCAGCGCCAUAAAUCGAGGCUUUCUCACCGAAGAGGAGAACAGGGAUGUCAAAGCUGGUGUCCAGCCCACACUACAGGUGUUUCUGACCAAUUCAUCCAACGUGUUUCUGUUGGAACCAUGCCAAGAUGUACCUAAGCUCUUGGAGAACCAGGUUGAGGUGUGCAAAGGUGUUCUUAGCAUCUACCGGCACAUGAUCAUGGAGCACACAAUGAAUACACAGACGUGGGAGCAGUUGCUGCAGGUACUGCUGAGGAUCACUGAAGCAGUCAUGAAGAGGCCACAGGAAAACCAAAGAAAAGACAGUUUUGCUGAAAGUUUAGCAUCUUUACUCUUUAGGACCAUCAUUGUGGCGUGGGUGCGAGCCAACCUGUCCGUAUUUAUCUCCCGGGAGCUAUGGGAUGAGCUGCUGGCAGUGCUGUCCUCUCUCACCUGCUGGGAGGAGCUGGUGACGGAGUGGGCCAGCAUCAUGGACUCACUCACGGCUGUGCUGGCACGCACCGUUUAUGGCCUGGACAUGGCCAACCUGCCUCUGGACAAGCUCAGUGAACAGAAAGAGAAAAAACAGAGAGGACGUGGAGUAAUCCAGGACUCCCAGAAGGCAGCAGCAGUGGCUCGCUCCUUCUCACUGAGCUGGAGGAACCAGGGGGAGCAGGGCGGUUCAGGAGUUCAGGAGCCCAUGAGGAUUCGCUCUGCCACUACAUCAGGAGCACCUGGGGUAGAGAAGGCCCGAAACAACGUCCGACAGAAGGCCUCUGCUAAGCGAAGCCAGUCCAUCAGCAACUGUGUUCAUCUGUACGAGGCUUUGCCCACUACUAAAAGCGUUCCUAUGCUGCUCCAUACUGUGAGCUCUUUCUUGCCUGGUAUCUCUUCUGGUAACUCUGCUUGCUCUCACAGACUAUCAGAUGUGGAGGAGUGUCAGCUGUCUGAAUGUGGGGGAGAGGAGGAGCUGGGAGGCGGGGAGAGCCCUCUGCAGCGUAGCAGCAGCACCUCGGACAUCACCCAACAACUCUCUGACUCUUUGCCAGCCCAGAAGAGAGAGCGUUCCCCUAUUUCAUGCGGAGCUGAAAGCAGGACGUCUGAAGGGAGGAGAGUGAACAGUGAGACACCAGUGAUUCUCAUCCGGCAGAGCAGUAAUCCAUCUGAGACGGAGUGCACUGCUGAGACGAGCUACACAAGGCCCAAGCUUAGAGAGAAAAGUGAAAGUAUAAGCAGUGAGACAUCCAAUGGCUACCUCAACGAAGCUGACGUUACCUGGCAGGCCUUUGAUGAGGAGGCUGACACUCAGUCCACACAGUCAGCGCACAUGGAUGUGAUAGCCGACCCCCAGAACCAGGGGAGUCUGCUGCUCAGCCACAACGAGGCUCUAGCAGGUCCUGCGUGUGCCUUCCCUCCCUACUCAGCACACCCAUCCUACCACUACCACCAUCCCCAGAACCCCCCCACUUCACCAGCCCUGCUGGUGCACACAGAGUGCCCACAGAACUGCCCUCUGGACGACACCAUGCAUCAGUCUGUCUUACACAUGCCACACCACUUGGACAGCAGCGAGUGUCUUGCUGAUGAUGUCAGCAUCAUUGCCGGUGGGACCCUGACUGGUUGGCAUGCUGAUUCGGCUUUCGUCCUUUGGAGGAGGAUAUUGGGUAUCCUGGGAGAUGUCAACAACAUUCGCUGCCCCAAAAUCCACGCCAGAGUCUUCUCCUAUCUCUAUGAGCUGUGGCACAAGCUGGCCAAGAUCCGGGACAACCUUGGGAUCAGUGUAGACAACCAGUCUUCUCCUCCCCAGCCAGCCUUCAUCCCUCCUCUUCGAAUGCUUGCCUCCUGGCUCUUCAGGGCCACCAUGCUGCCAGAAGAAUACAAAGCGGGCAAGUUGCAGGCCUACAAGCUGAUCUGUGAGAUGAUGACCAGGCACCAGGAUGUGCUCCCCAACAGUGAUUUCUUGGUGCACCUCUACUACAUCAUGCACAAGGGCUUCACCAGCAGUGACCAGGAUGUUUUGAACACCAUCGUCCGCUCCUGCUCCCCUCGGUUCUUCUUCCUUGGCCUGCCAGGCUUCACCAUGCUGAUUGGCGAUUUCAUCACUGCUGCUGCCUCCGUUCUCAGCUCGGACUCCUCCGAGGCUCCGAGGGUGGAGGCUCAGACAGUCCUAGGCUCCCUUGUGUGUUUUCCCAACCUUUACCUCCAGAUUCCUAUACUUCAGCAUGUGCCUGACUCUGACAACAUCAUUGUAGGCAAUGAGGAUAUCAAAGAUUAUCUGAUCAACAUUCUUUUGGAAACUGCUACCAAGGAACACUGUGAAGGUGCAAGAUGCAUUGCUGUGUGCAGUCUCGGGCUGUGGUUAUGUGACGAGCUAAUGCAAAAGAGCAUCCACCACCAGGUUAAAGAUGCCAUCAAUGUCUUGGGAGUUACACUAAAGUUUGGGAACAAAGCAGUGGCUCAAGUGGCCUGUGACGUGUUUCAGAUGCUCAUCUCUCACUGGGAGCAUCUCCAGAAGGUAGAACCUGCUCUGCCUAAGAAAAUCAUUGAGAUCUUUGUGGCCACAAUAGCCUUUUUGUUGCCAAGCGCAGAGCACUCAACAGUGGAAGCAGACAAAAAGUUAAUGGUGUCGCUGCUGCUUUGCCUGUUGGACUGGUGCAUGGCUGUACCCUUGAGUCUGCUGCUGGAACCCAUCACCAUGCCUUCCAUGGAGGAAUACACAUCCCACAAGGCUCCACUCCUGGGCUACAUCUACAGGGUGCUGCACUGCUGUGUGUCUGGCUCCAACCUGCACACCCAACAGAGCCACUACCUCCUCAGCCUGUCAGACUUGUCAACUGACUAUGACCUCAUGUUGGGUCAGGUUAAGAAUUUUGAGCCGCCACAAUCUCAGACUACCGCUACCGAUUUUGGCAACCUGCUCACUGUAGCUGAAGAAAAGCGACGUCAGAACAUGGAGCUGAUACCUCUGACAGCACGGAUGAUCAUGACUCACCUGGUGAACCAUCUGGGUCAUCAUCCACUGAAUGGUGGCCCUGCUCUUCUACACAGCCUUGUGAGCGAAAAUCAUGACAACCCAUACGUGGAGUCAUCUGAGCUGUCCUCAGAGGUCUUUAAAAGCCCAAAUCUGCAGCUUUUUGUCUUUAAUGAGAGCACACUGGUGUCCUACCUGCAGAUCCCCGUCGCAACCCCCACAGCAGGACAGCCCUCUCUCCUUUCUUCCCAAGUGCGAGUCAUAGUGCGUGACAUCUCAGGCAAAUACUCAUGGGACGGCGCAGUCCUCUACUGCACCACCCAGGAAGACUCUGUUGAUGUGGGAGGUUUUAGUGCUGUGGAUCUUCCUCUUUCUACAGUCACUCCCAGUAGAAAUCAACCCUCCUCUUCAGCAAAGGGACUGUACGAACAUCACAGCUCAAUCUCAGACCCUCUCUCUGACCUUUGUGAGGAGGAGGAGGAGGAGGUAGAUGCUCUUAAUAAGCUGUUGGAGGACCUUGGCCACAGCAGCCCAGAGUGCCUGCCUCAGCCACAGCUCAAACUCAACCAGCCAGCCCCCUCACCCCAUGGCAUGAACUUAGAGCAAGAGAACGCCAUCUUGAAGGCCAUCCUUCAUCAGAAUGAGCAGGAGGAGGAGCAAGUGAGGAAGUGGGAUACUGAUGUAAGCUUUCGGGCUGCUAGCCAGAGAGAACCCUCCUACCAAGAACCAAAAGCUCCUUUCUACUUCUGCCGGCUGCUGCUUAAUGACCUUGGCAUGAACUCCUGGGACCGAAGGAAAAGUUUCCAUUUACUGAAGAAAAAUUCAAAGCUCUUAAGGGAACUGAAGAACUUGGAUUCCAGGCAGUGUCGAGAGACGCACAAGAUUGCUGUGUUCUACAUUGGAGAGGGCCAAGAAGACAAGUGUUCCAUCUUGUCCAACAGUGCCGGCAGUCAGGCCUACGAAGAUUUUGUGUCUGGACUGGGAUGGGAGGUGGACCUGGCCACACACUGUGGCUUUAUGGGUGGCCUCCAGAGGAAUGGCAGCACAGGUCUAACAGCUCCUUACUAUGCUACCUCCACUGUGGAAGCCAUCUUCCACGUUUCCACGCGUAUGCCAUCUGAUUCUGAUGACUGCCUCACCAAAAAGCUUCGUCACCUGGGAAAUGACGAGGUGCACAUAGUAUGGUCAGAGCACAGCAGGGACUACCGACGUGGCAUCAUCUCAACUGAUUUCGGAGAUGUGCUGAUUAUCAUCUACCCGAUGAAGAACCACAUGCAUUUCAUCCAGAUCAUGAAGAAACCACAGGUUCCUUCCUUUGGGCCACUGUUUAAUGGCGCCAUCAUCACUGGGGCGCUGCUACCAAGCUUGGUGCGGGCCACCUGUAUCAAUGCCAGCAGAGCUGUCAAGUCCCGGCUGACUCUCUACCAGAGCUUCUAUGAGGAACGGGCACUCUACUUGGAAGCUAUUGUUCAGAACCACAGAGAGGUCAUGACCUUCGAAGACUUUGCCUCACAGAUCUUCUCCCCCUCUCCUGGCUACCCAAUCAGUGGGACAGGCUCCUUCACCAGUAGCAUAAGCACUGACAUCGGUGCUCCAGCGGGAACAGCAGACCCUGUCGACCAGGUCUCUCCCACCAUGCCCCGUGCCACAAAGAACAGAGUUUCCGGAAAACUCCGGCGCUCAGCCAGCGCUAUAAGCAAAUCCUCCAACUGAGCUCUUCAAGCCGUCGCCUUCACCUCCCAACCCUCGAGUGCAGCCUUUAAUCUUUUCUGGAAGAACCUCAUACACCCAGCUGGGACUGCAAGAACUUUGUUUCUGUUUGUUUUGUUUUUGGCAUGUCUUGUGUUAUAUAAAAUGCAGUACAUUGUAAUUUUUAUUUAAGUGGCACUCAUUGAUUUCACUGAUACAUUUCCAUUUGCUGUAGUGUUUAACUGUGUUAAUCUUAAUGGAUGUGAGACUAAGCUAUUUAUCUCCAUCCUGAUGGCUUCAGCUUAAGAAUCAGUAACAUAGGAAAGCUUGACGGAGAAGUCACAAAGCCACCUUUGAUAAAAGUGACAAUUUUAUUCUUAUUUUCUAGUGCAUUCUUAACUCACUAGAGGAACAAGUUCUUACUAUUGUAAGGGAAUGGGAGUCAGCUUUACCCUGUUUCUCAUCUGUUUCAACACUUCAUGCACUGAGCAACAUCAUGCUAAAACUGCACAAGAGACUGGCAAACAUUUAUAAAUGUGUCUGCCUUUUUACCUCCCAUUUGCACCUGCCACAACCCUUCGGCAUCAAAGAUACGACUUCAGUUAGUGACCAGUAGAGUUUCUGUCCUGCUCGUUGGCGCCAGUUCGGAUCAUGUUUGUGGACCGUACUCCUACAGUGGAGUGGAGAACGGACUGAUACACGGGGAAAGCCUCCUUACUACUACUACACAGACUUCCUGGGCACAGCGUCCCUCUAGUACAUGCAGUCAGAGGCUUUUUAACUGUUGUGAACCACAGUGGACAAUCAAUGACAUAUGUCUACCUUGAGCUGAAAUGAAAUUUGUUUAGGGGUUGUUUUUACCACUAUAAUUUUCCUUUUUAAAUGAAUUCUGAUGGAUUAUGUCAUGAUCUGAUUUAUGCAACUCCGCUGCAAUGAGAAAAGACUGCAUUUGUAAUUGUUUUCUGAUGUUGUUAACAUAGGCUCAUGUAUCAGUAAUUGAAUAAGUUCCUCCUGUCUCUUUCCCCUGCUAUCAGUUUGCCUGCCCCGUCAAGCUAAGACUUCGACAUUCCAGCGUUCCUGACCGACAUUUUUUGCACUCACUCUUAUUAAUUAACUAGAAUAUUUCUCUUUGUUUUUGGAUGUGAAUUGCUUUAAGUUUUAUUUGUUUAUGUAGAUGUAUAUAGAC